AUGCCCAUUUGCACGUCCUGCGCCACGCCGACGGAAUACCUCUACACCGUUUACGACUCCGCGUACAACUUUCGUCUUGAACAGUGCACGUCUUGUCAUGCAUUCGCAGAUCCAUACGUGGAGCACGACACACUCACACUGCUCCUGGACCUGAUUCUGCUCAAGCGAGAUGUCUAUCGCCACCUCUUGUACAAUCGCGGUCUCGGUGCCCGCAGGGCUGGUGACAGAGCUAGUCCGAAGUCCGAGGAGCUGGCGAACAAGACGCGCCAGCAAUACCACGACCAAUCGGCUCGCAGGUGGCUCAUUGCAAGGCUCGGGCUUGCCUUAGUUUGCCUCGACGCAUUCAUCCGAUGGACACACAUCAGCACCAAUCAGCCCCGAAACGCCUCGCAGAUCGCGUCCUGGAACCAAGCGGCCCUAGAAGGCUUCGCUCGCAUCCUCGUGGGCUGCAUUUUUGAGACAGCCGCCUUCCAUGCCGGCGUCGUAUUCGCAUGCUACCUCGUGCUGCACGCUCUACCAGCGCCGCCCCCAGGCGCGCCGGUGUCAGGCAUACGCGAGCAGUUCAGGUACUCGCACAUCCCACUGACGCUCCUCUACUCCUCCCUCACCAAACUCUUCCUCCUCUUCUGCCUCUCCAUCUGGCGCCCCAACGUCCACUCCGACCACCCUGCCUCCGGCACGGCAUCGACCACGCCGCUGCACCCGGACGCGACCGUCUUCGCACACCCGCUCUUCCUGCAGGCGCUCGCGCUCCUCGACGAGGACACGCUCGACCGCGAGUGGGUCGUCCGGAACGUGCUCGGGGGCAUGGCCGCCGGGUUCGGGCUCCGCGUCGUGCUCGACUGCCACCCGGUCUUCACCACGGCGGUCAUCCUCGCCGGGUGGGCGGUCAAGAACGCCGUCGCGCACUUCGUCUCCGGCUGGGUCGAGAUCGGGCUCGGCAUGGGCGGGGCGGUGGGGGAGAUGUGGCUCGCGUACAGCAUCCCCUAA